GGCCCGGAGGUUAAGGAGCCCGCUUCUCAUGCAUGAGGGUGUGGGUUCAAAACCUGGCAAGUACCAAUGUGACUUUUUCCGAGUUAUAUGUACUUUCUAUGAUUUAUUUAGACACCACUGCCAUACGGUGAAGGUAAACAUCGUGAGGAAACCUGGACUUAUAAUUUCUAACUAUAAGUUUGAAAUCGCCAACCCGCAUUGAGCAAGCGUGGUGAUCAAUGCUCUAACCUUCUCCGUACGAGAAGAGGCCAUUGCUCAGCAGUGGGCACUUAUAGGCUGAUGAUUUUCAUUAUGCGUGGUCUUAUGCACUGGAGAUACUUAAGAAGAAUACUGGACAUCUUUAAGCAGUUAUAUAUACUUAUAAAAAUGAUCAGCAUUCUAUUUUUUUGUAUAAAAAAUAUACUUGUCUUAACGUUUUUAUCUAUUUUUUUGCGAUAUUUAUCUAGUAUAGAACAUGAUAUUUAGCAACAUUCAUUUCAAAUUCAAAAGAA